AGGUCCGGUCUUCGGAGCUCGAACAUGGCGACCGGCUGCCUCUUCGCAGCCCUAGUUCGGGGAUCGCGCCCGAGAAGCCUAAGAAUCUCCGAUCUCCGGGCCUCACCGAUCGCAUUUCUUGAAAGCCCUAGGUCCUUCUCUUCGGUCCUGCCGAAAAGCGAUGGCUUCUCCGUCGAAGAGGAACCCGCCGACCCCGAGGACGAUCUCCGGAGCCGCGUCUUUCGGCUCCGAUUACCUAAGCGGAGCGCGACGGCCGCCCUAGACAGAUGGGUCGGGGAGGGGCGCGCUGUGUCGGCGUCGGAGCUCCGCCAGAUAGCCAAGGACCUGAGGCGAUCGCAGCGCUACAAGCACGCCCUCGAGAUAUCAGAGUGGAUGAAAACACAUCGAGAAUCUGAGUUAUCAGAUCGCGACUAUGCAAUGCGCAUAGAAUUGAUCACCAAAGUUUUUGGUGUCAAUGCUGCUGAAGAUUUUUUUGAAGGUCUACCCUCGAGUGCAAAAUCAUGUGAAGCAUACACUGCCCUCCUCCAUUCGUAUGCUGCAGCAAAAUUGACAGAGAAGGCCGAGAAGCUAUUCGAAAGGAUCAAGGAAUUAAGUCUCUCUUUGAGUGCAUUGGUAUAUAAUGAAAUGAUGACUUUGUAUAUCUCGGUUGGGCAGCUCGAUAAGGUUCCCCCGAUUGUUGAUGAACUAAAGAGGCGAAAAGUCACACCUGAUCUGUUCACAUAUAACCUCUGGAUAAGUUCUUAUGCUGCAAUUCUCGACAUUAAUGCUGUAAGAAAUAUUCUUGAUGAGAUGGCCCAGGAACCAAACUCUGACAAACAUUGGAUUACAUACAUGAGACUGGCUGAUAUCUAUCUCACUGCUGGUCGACUCGUCGAUUCAGAUUUUUCUCUUGCUGAAACCGACAAAAAGAUUAGCCAGCAACAGUGGAUAACUUAUGAUUUCCUUAUCAUCUUACAUGCUGGUCUGGGUAACAGUCAAAUGCUAAACGAAAUAUGGAAAUCCAUGAGGAUGACCUCACAGAAAAUGACUAGCAGAAAUUAUAUAUGCAUUAUUUCUUCCUAUCUCGUGCUUGAACGGUUGAAGGAAGCUGGAGAAGUUAUCGACGAGUGGAGGAAAUCUAAGGCUGAAGAAUUUGAUAUCUCUGAUUGCAAUAGGCUAUUUGAGGCACUAAAAAAGGCUGGCUUGGCCGACGCAGCAGAGAAGUUCCGUGAGCUAAUUCUCCAGAAAGAUUGUGUGACUUACUAGUUGCUUUUUUGCUAACCGAAUGUUCAGUAAACUAGAUCAAUAUGGUUUUGUCAGAACUGUGUUUGUCUGGGAAACUGGAAGAGGGAACUACACAAGUUAACACUUCCAUUGUUGUUUUUGUGCCUUGAGGAAUAAUAAGAGGUCAAAUGUAAUAUAACUUUACCAAGUGACCUUGUUUACCAUUUCUAUCUUCCUUUUCAAUUCA